AUAGACGUAGUUUAAAAUAUAAAAUACUAUACUCAAACCUAAAGUUACUUUCGUCUCUUCAUAUAAUUACAUUACCAGCAAUACAUUCUGAAACAUUACCACCAAUGUAAAUUUCACCGCCCUCUUCUGUUACGCUGACUCUACCUCUUCUGCCAAGCUUUGUGCCCUGGGAAUUGAAGUAAUGUUUUGGCGUUUGAUUUUGUAGCCAUUUUGCGAUACCAGCAUUAAAUGAUCCUGUCACAGGAUCUUCUCCUACUCCAUCAGCUAGAGGCGCGAAAGCUCUCACUUCAAACUUUACAUCACUUUUUUCUUCUUCAUAUUCACCAAAUAAGCCAAAGUAGAGACCGGAAACAAUUUCCUUAUCUGUUAUAGCAGCGUCUAACACUUUCUGAGCAUUCUUGAGUUGUAUACCAAACCAAGGUGGACCAUUUUCGACCCAUUUCGCAUCAAUAACAUCAUCGCGACUUAUACCCAUACAUUUGCAGACCUUCUCUACGUGACCUUGCUCAACAUCAUCAGAUCUAAGAAGAGGCGGUGCCUGGAAAGACAACAAAUUCGUCCUAUAGUCCCAUUUUAAGUGUACGAUACCUAUUCCGCACUCUUGUGUGAUAGUUCCGCCUUUGUUCUUGAGAUCUUGACGUUCUUCCUCCUUAAGUGAGUUCAAAUAGACGUAAGCUGAACCCAAAGUGGGGUGACCAGCAAAGGGGAGUUCACUAGCUGGUGUGUAUAUCUUGAGAUAGUAAUCUGCUUUAUCUGAUGGUGUGAUGAAGGUAGUUUCGCUGAGGUUUGUCCAAUUCGCGAAACGUUGCAUUUGUGAAUCUGAUAAGCUACCAUUCACAGUAACGACUGCGACUGGAUUGCCAUAAUAUGGAGUAUCUGUGAAUACAUCGACUUGAUUGAAUUUAUGAGUAUUUCCUGCCAUAGAUUUAGUUAAAGUAAAAUGACGGGUAUGAUGAGUAGUAACUUAAAUAUAUCGACUUCAUGAGUCACUAUUAUCUAUGACUCAAUUUAUCUAUUACACACAAUAAAACGAUUAAAAUCUAAAGAGAAUCUCACAAAUGAGGCUUAAUCUAUGCUACGAACUAUCGUCAACUCGGUGAAGCGACAUCGGACAUUUGAGGAAAUUAACAAUUUCAGAGUUAAGCUAGAAAAUGGUAGACCGUUAGUAUCAGGCGAUAACUCCUACGGUCAGCUUGGACACCCUGAGAGUGUUUCGUCUAUUGAGAAGCCAACUCCAGUACCAAAUUUGAACGAAAGGCUAGAAGCAGCACACAGUAGUUUAUCCAACGUUUAUUUAACAACCCGUCAUACAGUUCUCAGCGCCGGUCUCAAUACAGACAAUCAACUCGGACGAUCAUUUAAUCAUUCACUUAGUCACACAUUCAAGCAAGUUGAAUGGGAUUUUGGCAGAUUUGAUGGCGUAAAACAGCUCUCCACGAAUGGCGAUACGGCAACUGUACUCACCAUGGACGGUAGUGUCGUUGGCUGGGGUAAUUCUGAAUAUGGUUCCCUAUGUUCGGUUGAAGACAAGGGCGUUGAACCAAGGAAUAUCAGCGAACAUCUUGAUAAAGCUGGGUGUAGAUAUAUCACAAAGAUUUCCGUCGCUGGGGCUCAUUCCUGGUUUCUGAAUGAUACUGGAGAAGUUUGGAACGUUGGCUUGCAACUGGUGGACGAAAACCCCGUUAUAUCGCCUAUCCCAAAUAAGUUGGAGCUUCCCUGUAAAGCACUAAACAUUUGGUCUGGAGUACAUCACUCAGCUGCAUUCCUCGAAGACGAAACACUUUAUAUAAGCGGACCUCAACUUGACAGAUUUACCAUUACGACUAAUCAGAAUAAAGGAGAUCUCGAAAGAUUAGUUAAGUCUAAAACAUUAGACUCAACUUUCGGAUUUAAUAGCAUUUUACUACAUUCUUGAUACAAUAAAUUAUAAAUACAGGCAUACAUUACUCUAUUCUAAUAAGUCAUUUAACUUUUCGUUCCAAUUUGUUUGCCAAUCUGCUUCGUUUGAGUUUAUGACGUUAUUGCGAAGUUUCACGAGUCUAGAAUUAGAUGCAAGUAGGUCCUACUACUGUUAGGUCUAUCAUUAUAAUACUGGACAUACUUACCACGAGUUGCUGUCCCAGUUGUGUACCACUUUCAAAUGUAAGACCAUUAACGCCAUCGACAACUAGUUCAUGAAAUUAAGAGCACAUACAGGUAAACCUGCUCCAAACAUAUCGACAACCUUCAUAGGAAGGUCAAGUCCAGAGGAGCUGGCAUGGAAAGACAAGCCAAGAUGGGCAGAACCAAGUAGCUUCGGAUAAUCGGAUGCUUCUAACCAUACUGUACGUACUCUGACAUUCGUCCAACCCGUUUCGAGCUUACUAACGCGCUCGUCGAACUGAGCUUUGAGAGGGCCUUUCCCUGUUAUUGCCAGGAGGAUAUUAGGAAGGUGUGUGUUCUUCUUUGAAGCGUUUUCGUAAACCUCAAGUGCAGAAAGGAGCAUAUCAAAGUUCUCAUCAGGAGUCCAAGAAGUACUACUGACAAUGACUGCUGUCUUUAUGUCCGUUUCGCUACUCGACGGAAUGAACUUAGGGUCAUCUAUCAAAUUUAGCUUCGUUAGUAGCUAAUGACAAGUUUAGAUACAUGCACAAAUAGAAAGCAUACUUACAGUUUUCCUUUCGUUUUCUGGAAGGCGUUUGAAAAGACUUGGUGGUCUAUCGUGCAGUGUAAGUUUUGUCCCG